GUCCCCCUUUAUUCCGUUUAACCAUUAACCGCCCCUCUCGCUGCUUUUUUCAGGAAUCAAAUUCCCUUUCCCAAACCAAUCAAAGUUUCAUAUCAUCUUGCUUUUCUGGGAAAGGAGAACAACACCAUUAUGGGGCUGCUCUCCAACAGGGUGGCUAAGGGAAGCCUCAAGCCAGGGGAUCACAUCUACUCUUGGAGGACUGCCUAUAUCUAUGCCCAUCAUGGCAUCUAUAUCGGGGAUGACAAGGUCAUACAUUUCACCAGACGUGGCCAAGAAGUUGGAACUGGGACAGUGCUGGAUCUUCUCUUGGUUAGCUCAGGACCAACCGGACCUCAGCAGCCCUGCGAAGUCUGCACUCCACGGGACGAGAACAGUGGUGUUCUUUGCUCAUGCUUGAACUGCUUUCUUGCAGGGGGUGUCUUGUAUCGUUUUGAAUAUUCUGUCAACCCUGCCUUAUUCCUGGCAAAAGCUCGAGGAGGAACAUGCACUCUUGCAGUAUCGGACCCAGAUGAUACUGUGGUUCAUCGAGCAAAAUACCUGCUCGAAUAUGGCUUUGGUUGCUAUUGCAUAUUUAAGAACAAUUGUGAAGACUUCGCUAUUUAUUGCAAAACUGGGCUACUUGUUAUGGAUCAAAGAACAUUAGGACAAAGUGGUCAAGCAGCAUCUAUAAUAGGGGGACCUCUUGCAGCUGUGUUAGCAACACCGUUGCGUCUCGUGACCACCAACCUUUAUGGGAUGGCAGCAGUAGGCAUUGGAGUAUAUUGCGCUAGUAGGUACAGUGCUGACAUUGGCAAGAGGAUGGAUGUAGUGAAGGUAUCUGUGGAGGAUUUGACAAGGAGACUUGCAGCUGGCUCGCUUCAAGUCGUGGAGGCCCAAAUAUCAGCUCCAUUGCUCCAAGCUCCUGAAUCCCAAGUCUCAGCUCCCUUGCUACUGCAGGCACCCGUGUCCCAACUCUCUGCUCCCCCUACAAGAAGUCCUUCAAACCUAUUCUUCUGGUCAAGAAGUUCUUCCAACCUUGUCACUCGGUAGUCGGUUUGAUAAGUUUCAUUUAUGGUGUUGGAUCGAGUAUCUUUCCUUAAUUAUGUCAUCCACUUAAUAGACUGGUUUGUUGUGUGUUCACCGGAGUGGCCAUAAUAUGUACUGAUUCACUAAUUUGCUAUCUGUGUGUGUGUGAAACUGAAAUCUGAAAGAAUAUUUAUUUCUUUAUUAGUUGUUUAUC